UCUGAGUGGGUGGCUAAAGCGGGUGUCCAAAGGCGGGUGCAACCCUUCGUAUCUUGUGCUCCGCUCUGCCUUCCCUCUUCUCUACUGUGAUCAAACCCUAAAACCCACCGUCCCCCCAUCCUCUCCCCAUCUGUCUCCGGCCUCUGCUCUUCGACUCAAGCAAAAGGAUGGAAAAAUAAAGGGGAUUCUAGAAUCGACUGUUUGCUUCUUGUGCCGUUUCCCUAUUUUGAUGCGGUUCUCCCAAGCUACCAUCUUGGCUGAGAUAAUCUGAGAUCUUGGUUUCAUCUUAGCAUCAGCCACCCACCGAUGUCACCAAGAUAUUAGGUUUUAAAAACUUUGAUUGGUGAUUACUGUUGAAGAAAACCUUUUUUGUUUUAAUGAAAAGAUGGGACUUUUAUAUUUCAGUCACUAAAACUAUUUGGAGAAUCUUCCUUGCCACUGAACACUUAUUUCUUAGGAGCGUAUCAUAGAUGAUCCACUCGAAAAGCUUCUCUCAGGGGAAUUCCAAUCAUUCUCUCAUGGAAAGCAGAUAUAAUCAGGAGAAAGAAAUAUUAUUGAUGAAUGGUGAUGCUUAUUUAGAUAAAAACUGCAACGAGGAUGAGGUGAAUGACAGAACAACCACAGAAGAAGAUGAAACAUCUCAGAAUCUGCUGGCUGAUUCUAUCAAUCAAGAGCCAAUGGAUGAAGGAAAAACAGCAGUUGCUCCUGAGAAUGACGAUGAUGAUGGUGGAAAAAUGGACAAGGCUGAACUAGAGGAGGGUCAUAAGGUCACUGGACUAGAUGAUAGAACUCCUCAGUUGGGAAUGGUAUUCAAAUCUUAUGAAGAAGUUGUUAAUUUUUACAAGCGGUAUGCUCUGCAUGUAGGAUUUGGUGUAGCUGUAAAAAAGUCUUCAUUUACAACUUAUGGUCUCUGUCGUCGGUUAGUGCUUGUAUGCACCAAGGGGGGCAAGGGACGGGCAAAUGCAUGCUACCAGUCAAGACCUACAGCAAAGACAAAUUGCCAAGCUAUGAUCAUAGUGAAAUUAUGGGGUGAUGGGUUGUUGCAUUUGGUGGAAGCUAAUCUUGAACACAAUCAUGCAGUUAGUCCGUCAACUGCCCGUUUUUUGAGAUGCUAUAAAAAGAUGUCUAGUGGAAUGACUAAGGAUCUUGCUGUGCGAGCGGCUGGACAUGAAGACUUGCUAUUUGGUGAUAAGGAAUGUGUAAACUCCAUUGAAGGAGGAAGGUUGAAGCUUGGAGAGGGUGAUGACGAAGCCAUCCUCCAGUUUUUUGCACGGAUGCAGACUAAGAACCCAAAUUUCUUUUACUUGCUGGAUUUGGAUGUGGAAGGUCAUAUGAGGAAUGUGUUUUGGGCUGAUUCUAGGUCUAGAGCAGCAUAUCAAUAUUUCAGUGAUGUUGUUUAUUUUGAUACAACCUGCUUAAAAAAUAAAUAUGAUAUUCCUCUUGCUUUAUUUGUCGGAGUGAACCAUCAUGGUCAGUUAGUGUUGUUGGGAUGUGGUUUGGUUUCAGAUGAAUCCACUGAAAAUUACUUAUGGUUAUUUAAGGCAUGGUUAACAUGCAUGCGAGGAUGCCCUCCAAAUGCCAUAAUUAUCGAUGAAUGUAGGGCAAUUCAAGGUGCAGUUGCUGAUGUUUUUCCAGAAGCCUGUCACCGUAUAUGCUUAUGGCAUAUAAUGAAAAAUGUUCAACAGAACUUGAGCGGAUUUGAAGAAUACAAAAUACUCAAGAAGGAAUUGAAAAAAGUAGUAUAUGAUUCGUUGAGAGUUAAUGAAUUUGAAGAAGGCUGGAGGGAUCUGAUGAAGAGAUAUGGCCUCGAAGGUAGUGAAUGGCUUAAUAUCUUAUAUGAAAAUCGUCAAUUAUGGGCUCCAGUUUUCCUAAAAAACACAUUCUGGGCCGGGAUGUCCAUUGCAAGACACAAGGAAAGUAUAACUACCUUUUUUGAAGGGUGUGUAUAUCCAGGAACUUCUUUAAAGUGUUUUUUAAGUAAUUAUGAGAUGGUUUUACAAACUAAAUAUGAAAUGGAAGCCCGGGCAGAUUUGGAAUCAUUUCAUGAGGGCCGAGUCUUUGUAACAAAAUUACAUAUGGAAGAGCAUCUGUCCAAAAUAUAUACGCUUAACAUGUUCAAAAAAUUUCAGGAUGAGUUGAAGGCCAUUGUUUAUUGUCAGGUUUCGCUUGUGAAGGUUGAUGGUCCUAUCUCUACCUUCGAAGUCAAAGAAUGUGCUUUCAUGGAAGGUGGUGAAAAGGCACAAGAUAGGAAUUACGAAGUUCUGUAUAAUGUAGAUGAGUUUGACAUUGAAUGUAUUUGUGGCUCUUUUCAGUUUAGAGGGAUACUAUGCAGACAUGCAUUAUCUGUGCUUAAGUUGCAACAAGUGUAUGAAAUUCCAGCUCAGUACAUUCUCCAACGCUGGACAAAGGACUUGAAGCAGCUGUUUGCUUUGGAUCGGUACUCAAAAGAUGUUGCAAGUAAUAAUCGAAUGGAGCGGUAUGAUUAUCUAUCCAUGCGUUGCCUUCAACUUGUUGAAGUUGGUAUGAUAUCUGAAGAGAAGUACCACCUUGCAUUAAAGCUAUUAAGGGAAGUGGAAAAGUCUCUUCUAGAUGAUAACAUGUGCCGAGACUUGCAACGUAGGCUUCUCCCAUUUGAAACUAGGUCAAAUGCAAGUGAUGAAAAUCAUUUGGCAUCCCAGCUGGGCAUUGUUGAGGGUAACAAAAUUCCUAACUCCUUGCCAGCAAAGCGCAGAGGUCGUCCACCAAAGAAAAGGAAAGAAGACUCUAAUACAGAGAUGAUAUCUAGUCCAAGUAAUCAAAAGGACUCUUUGAGGGCAUCAUCAGAUGGGGGUCAGAGUAAUGUGUUUCAAGCUGCCUCAACUGCUUCACACCUUGGCAGUCAUAUCAGGACACAUGGUGGCGUUGAUCUAAUGGAGGAAGUUAAUCCAAAUGACCUGUCAUUUGGUAGCCAUUUUGGACUUCAAGCUAACCACCAACAUCAUCUUGGUAACCAGUUGCAGUCUGCCAAUUUGUUACAGGGUCAAUUUGGCCAACAAACAGUUGGGAAUUCAUCAGGGAUGCAGUGGAUAUAUCAACAAAUGCUACAGGAAGAUCAUGCUCCUUUUGGCCGAAGGACUGGGUAAGAUAGGUGUUAUCAAAGUUUCCACCUUAGGGACUAGGUUUGAAGGCUUGUCUUAGAAUGGCUUAUCUUAGAAGUGGGACCUGUAGAAAGUUUUCUAGAUAUGUGCACUGAGGACCAUCAGGACUCUAGAACGGAUGAAGGCUUUUAGACCGCAGAGUUUCUCUUCCGUGUCUCUUUAACCUUACGUCUAACUCAAGAGCAUGUGGUGCUCAUAAGCACUCAACUGACUUGGAAUUUAUCAUGUCCAGUGGCAGCAGCUACAUCAAAAUUUGCAGGUUGAAGUUCUGUAUAUAUCUUUUAUUCCGUUCUUCGUGGGAAGCUCAUCUUUGUCAAGCCUGACCCCUUGCAAUUAUAUACAUUUAAAUUACAUUUGAUGGAGAGAUAAAAUUAUGCUCUCUUUUCAUUGGAUCUGUUAGUCAGUAACAUUUGCAGGACUGAAUUCUAAUCUGAACCUCAACAAACAAGCCUGGUCUCACCUACAUUGGUUUCAAUUGCAGCAGUGGUUGGGCAACAUGGCCUUCAGUCUCUUGUCACCUCUCAUUCUGUUGUCAUCUGUUGUGUAUCUAAAUGUGAAUAAACUUGUUGAUACUUUUGGAUGUUGAGCAAGCAUUUAGUUUUUGAGCCAAGCAUGUAAAUAAGGUGCAUACCUAAAUUUUCUUUGAUAUAUUAGCUCCCUCUGAUAUUGCAUGGAAUGCUAGCAUGGCCCCAGGAUUAUGGCUGCAUGGAUGUCUGGCUACCAAGGGGGAAUCUGCUGAGCAAAAGAAGCAGAGGAAUGCAGAAAGUGGCAGCGAACGGCCAGGAAAUCUGGAGAUACUUGGGACGUUAGGAUUCUUUUUCUCACAGUUUCUGGUAUUGGAGGAUCAUCAACCCUGUUGAAACCUUCUACUCUUUCUACCUUAUACCUCAGCUGAUUCUUGUUGAUGUGGUUGACAUUUCGUGAAUAUGAAAGCAAUAUGCUGUUUCAAAUG